CCGGGCGGGGAGACCGGGGAGGUCAGGCCGGGGAGUCGAGGGAGGCCGAGUCGGGCUAUGGGUCUCGGCGGCCUGGGCCGCGGCGCCCGCCCAGAGUCCGCGCUCGAGUCGGGCCGGGCCGCCCCUUAUGUAACAGGCCGGCCGAGCUCUGCCCAGACGGGAACUCCCUGUGAGCAGGGACGCGCCCCGAGAUGGCCCAGGAGCCGCGCGGCCUGCGGAGGCCGGGCUGGAGAACCAGCGCCGCCGCCUCCCCGGGCGUUUGCAGGGAGACGCCUGGCGACGAACGCGAGGCUUCCCCGGGCCUUUUAAACGAGUGACACGCUUGAAGCGCAGUUCACGGGAAACGCGGCUCUUGGGAGCGGACGCGGGAGUUCUGAGAAUCCUCAGCAGCAGGAGCCCCUGCCCCGCGGGGUGCGGGCCGGUCCCCCAGAAAGCGCGGCCGUCCGGGUCGGUCUGUGAGGCUCGGUCGCCAGGCGGUGGUGUAGUUAGUGGAAUCGGCGGAGGUUUUUGUUUGCCUGGCCCCGCGCCGUCCCGAGUGCCGUGUGCUUCUCACAACUUCGCACAACUCCGCGGCCGCGGCUCCCGUGGCCUUUAGGGAGAGGCCCGGCGCGUGGUCGGCUUCUCCCUGGCCGGGCGGUGGCAAGAGGGAAGCGGCCGUCUUGUGGGCAGCAGCCUUCCCUGCUUUGGGCCCGCAGAGCUCUUCAGGAUGUACUUAAGGGAAUUAUUCCUUGAGAAGCGACGUGCGUGCCCCCGCGGAUCCCUCCCGGUGGAAAUGCGUGUCCCGGCCUGGGCGGAACCGGCCCGGGGGGAAGCGGGGAAGGGCGUGGGUCGCCCGGCGCUGCCGCCGAGGGUCUACUCUCCCCGGGUCCCAGUUCCGUGUUGAGAGCUGCUGUGGCCGUGAAGCCUUCGGUUCAGUUCUCCCCUUGUAGAAAGCGUUGAGAUGAAGAGCUUCGCGGCUCCCUGGGAGAGAGUGGGUUUCCGGGGGCUGCUUGUCCUUAGGGCGACUCAGGACUUUGCUGUCGAGGGGAAAAUUACAGGUUCGUUUCUGAUCUGGUGAGUAACCAACUGUUGCUUCUGCCCCAUGUCAGUAAUGACGCGUGUCGCCGUCCCGGGUGCACUAGGGUAGCUCUCUGCAGGCUGUGGUGUCACCUCUGCAGGGCUCCCAGGGCCGGCUGGGCUGUACUGACUGCUCUCCAGGAAUCCAGGGUUGAGUGGGUACCUGGAGGCCCUGGAGAUGCAAGGGGCCUGAGGUUUGGCUGACCACAUUUUCUCUCCUGUCCUCUCUGUAGGUAAUUGCAAUCUAGUUUCAACAUACAAUGAGGAUUUCUGUCUGAUACAGAGAAAGAUACACAGUGGCUGGAGGGUCUGUCUUAAGAAGUGCCCUUGAAGUCGGCUGGGAUUUCCUUUCGGGACUCACAGAGGGAAGCCUGCUCCCUGAGGGCUUUUUCUGAGGCCCAGUAGAUCUAGGCCCAGGGUGAGGCUCUGAAGCCAGGCUGCUGCGGGUGCCCCUGCUCCCCCUGGGCCCCGAGGCCAGACGUCCCUGACCUUGCAGGGCUGGAUGCAGAGUGGGCCUUGGGAUUCAGCUGAGAAUAUUUGUUUUGCGAGUCAGUCACUGCAAAAUCAUUUUGCUUCCUGUCAGUGAAGUGUGGCGCUUUGGAGGGAGGCACUGCCCGGCAGGUGGUGGUCUUCACUGGAGGUGCCCACACAGGAGGCACCCCGGGGACAGCUGGGAACAGACACAGUCCGUGGUGUUCGAACAGCAGAGGCCUCUGCCACAAGGAGCUGGAGGUAUGGGUGGCAGCUCACUGGUUUUGCCCACCUCUGGAAAGGCAAAUUCUCCUAAAUCUCUGUGACCAAGUCUUCAGGCACCUGAGCCAGCGCUGGCAACCCUCCUGGUGAGGGUCUCUGCAAGCCUCCAGGGGGUCCUGGGGGCCGCCCCUCGCUGUGUAGCCUGAGAGGAGCGUCUACCUUCACGUGUGCCGGGGAGAACAGAGAGAUGCCCUUUGGUGUAUUGCACGUAUCCGGAUUCGCUCAGAAAGGAGGAGGACAUGGCCAGCACCAUUGUCUCACUGGGGCUUGAGGAGUGCCCCUGAGGGGAAGCGGCAGGUUGACUCGGCCUGUGGGUGUUUCCAUGGUGGUCACUGCCAAGGCUCUGCAGAAGCGGGGUUAGGGCCUCCCAGGGGCGAAGACUGUCCCCUCAGACCAGUACAGGGCUCCCCUGUUGGUCCCCUGUGCUGUGGUGUGCGUGUGGAGGGCCUGUCUAUAGAGCAUGGACAGACUGUGGUCUGUCUCCUACCCCUAGCCCAGCAGGAAUGCUGCAAGGACUGUGGUGACUUUGGGCUCAUGGGGGUGCUCUCCUGGGAGCAGUGGAGAGGGGAAGAGUGGUUUGGGGGAGUAUCCGAUAGGACCAGGUAGCCACUGAGCAUGCCUCUCAGUUGGGCAUAGCCUCUGUCUGGUGGGGUCCAGCCCUAUAUGUGGACUUCCUGGGGGAUCGCCUGCAUGCCAGGAAAGUCCUGCAGCUAUGGGCUCUGGGCCAGACCCCUCCUUCUUGGGGAGCAUUUCUGUGGUCUCCGCAGCCUGUUGGUGUGGUGAUAGGGAUGCAGGUGCUCAGGAGGGCUCCUCAGGCUGCCUCUCUGCCUGUUACUGCUGUUCUCUCCCUGGUCCUGGGGAGUUGCUCGGGCCUGGAUGCGUGGUUUUUGACACCUCGGAAAGAAGUUAGUUGUGAGUUUUGCUUUGAUUGGGUUUUGAGCUGGUGAGCUAGAUCUGCCCCAGCGUACUUUUGCAGCUUUCUCGAGUCUUUGGUCACCCUGCAUAGAAGUAACUUUACCUUUGCCUUUAUUUUAGGUAAUCAUUACCAAAUGAGGAGGAAAGGACGAUGUCAUCGAGGCUCUGCAGCGAGGCAUCCUUCCUCCCCGUGCAGUGUUAAACACUCCCCCACGCGAGAAACGCUGACCUACGCUCAAGCUCAAAGGAUGGUAGAGAUAGAAAUUGAAGGGCGCUUGCACAGGAUCAGUAUUUUUGAUCCCCUGGAGAUCAUAUUAGAAGAUGACCUCACGGCUCAAGAGAUGAGUGAAUGCAACAGCAAUAAGGAAAACAGCGAGCGGCCCCCUGUCUGCUUAAGAACUAAGCGUCACAAAAACAACAGAGUCAAAAAGAAAAAUGAAGCCCUCCCCAGCGCCCACGGCGCGCCGGCCUCGGCCAGCGCCCUCCCAGAGCCCAAGGUGCGCAUUGUGGAGUACAGCCCUCCGUCCGCCCCCAGGAGGCCUCCGGUGUACUACAAGUUCAUCGAGAAGUCGGCCGAGGAACUGGACAACGAGGUGGAGUACGACAUGGACGAGGAGGACUACGCCUGGCUGGAGAUCGUCAACGAGAAGCGCAAGGGCGACUGCGUCCCCGCCGUGUCGCAGAGCAUGUUUGAGUUCCUGAUGGACCGCUUCGAGAAGGAGUCGCACUGUGAGAACCAGAAGCAGGGCGAGCAGCAGUCUCUGAUCGAUGAGGACGCCGUGUGCUGCAUCUGCAUGGACGGGGAGUGCCAGAACAGCAACGUGAUCCUUUUCUGCGACAUGUGCAACCUGGCCGUGCACCAGGAGUGCUACGGGGUGCCCUACAUCCCCGAGGGCCAGUGGCUCUGCCGCCACUGCCUACAGUCCCGGGCCCGGCCUGCCGACUGUGUGCUGUGCCCCAACAAGGGUGGUGCCUUCAAAAAGACAGAUGACGACCGCUGGGGUCACGUGGUGUGUGCCCUGUGGAUCCCAGAGGUCGGCUUUGCCAACACGGUGUUCAUCGAGCCCAUUGACGGGGUGAGGAACAUUCCCCCAGCCCGGUGGAAACUGACAUGCUACCUCUGUAAGCAGAAGGGCGUGGGUGCCUGCAUCCAGUGCCACAAAGCAAACUGCUACACAGCAUUCCAUGUGACGUGUGCCCAGAAGGCUGGCCUGUACAUGAAAAUGGAGCCCGUGAAGGAACUGACUGGUGGUGGCACCACCUUCUCCGUCAGAAAGACCGCUUACUGUGAUGUCCACACACCUCCAGGCUGCACCCGGAGGCCUCUGAAUAUUUACGGGGAUGUCGAAAUGAAAAAUGGCGUCUGUCGAAAAGACAGCUCGGUCAAAACGGUCAGGUCCACAUCCAAGGUCAGGAAGAAGGCAAAAAAGGCUAAGAAGGCUCUGGCUGAGCCCUGCGCGGUCCUGCCGACUGUGUGCGCUCCUUACAUACCCCCGCAGAGGUUAAAUAGGAUUGCGAAUCAGGUGGCCAUUCAGCGGAAGAAGCAGUUUGUGGAGCGAGCCCACAGCUACUGGCUGCUCAAGCGGCUGUCCAGGAACGGUGCCCCCCUGCUGCGGCGGCUCCAGUCCAGCCUGCAGUCUCAGCGAAGCUCACAGCAGAGAGAAAACGAUGAGGAGAUGAAGGCUGCCAAAGAGAAGCUGAAGUACUGGCAGCGGCUGCGGCAUGACCUGGAGCGCGCCCGCCUGCUGAUCGAGCUGCUGCGCAAGCGGGAGAAGCUCAAGCGUGAGCAGGUGAAGGUGGAGCAGGUUGCCAUGGAGCUGCGGCUGACCCCGCUGACGGUGCUGCUGCGUUCAGUGCUGGACCAGCUGCAGGACAAGGACCCUGCCAGGAUAUUUGCACAGCCCGUGAGUCUGAAGGAGGUACCAGAUUAUUUGGAUCACAUUAAACAGCCCAUGGACUUUGCCACGAUGAGGAAACGGUUAGAAGCUCAAGGGUAUAAAAACCUCCAUGAGUUUGAGGAGGAUUUUGAUCUCAUUAUAGAUAACUGCAUGAAGUACAAUGCCAGGGACACCGUGUUCUAUAGAGCCGCGGUGAGGCUGCGUGAUCAGGGAGGUGUUGUUCUGAGGCAGGCCCGGCGCGAGGUGGACAGCAUCGGCUUGGAAGAGGCCUCGGGGAUGCACCUGGCUGAGCGGCCCGCUGCGGCACCGCGGCGGCCUUUCUCCUGGGAAGACGUGGACAGGUUGCUGGACCCCGCCAACAGAGCCCACCUGGGCCUGGAGGAGCAGCUGAGAGAGUUGCUGGACAUGCUCGACCUCACCUGCGCUAUGAAGUCCAGUGGCUCCCGGAGCAAGCGGGCAAAGCUGCUCAAAAAGGAAAUUGCCCUUCUCCGAAACAAGCUGAGCCAGCAGCACAGCCAGCCCCCACCCACGGGGCCAGGCUCGGAAGGCUGUGACGAGGAUGGAGCUCCGCUGGGGCUGGAGGCGGGUGAGGAAGGAGAUAACUCUCCCCCUAAACUUGAACCAUCAGAUGCAUUACCUCUUCCUUCAAACUCGGAGACUAAUUCAGAACCACCAACCCUCAAACCAGUAGAACUCAACCCAGAGCAGAGUAAACUUUUCAAAAGAGUCACAUUUGAUAAUGAAUCACAUAGCGCUUGCACUCAGAGCGCACUGGUAAGCGGACGCCCUCCAGAGCCCACCCGCGCCAGUAGUGGCGAUGUGCCGGCGGCGGCGGCCUCCGCGGUGGCGGAGCCAGCAAGCGAUGUAAACAGACGCACUUCUGUUCUCUUCUGCAAAUCGAAAAGUGUAAGCCCCCCAAAGUCUGCCAAGAACACUGAAACCCAGCCAACUUCUCCUCAGCUAGGGACCAAAACCUUUUUGUCUGUAGUCCUUCCGAGGUUGGAGACUCUUCUGCAGCCAAGGAAAAGGUCGCGGAGCACAUGCGGAGACUCCGAGGUGGAGGAGGAGUCCCCAGGAAAGCGCCUGGAUGCAGGUCUCACCAACGGCUUUGGGGGUGCGAGGAGCGAGCAGGAGCCAGGCGGUGGCCUGGGGAGGAAAGCCACACCCCGUCGACGCUGCGCCUCGGAGUCCAGCAUCUCCUCCAGCAACAGCCCGCUCUGCGACUCGAGCUUUAGUGUGCCCAAAUGUGGGCGGGGCAAACCGGCUCUUGUGCGAAGGCACACGCUGGAGGACCGCAGUGAGCUGAUCUCCUGCAUCGAGAAUGGGAACUACGCCAAGGCGGCCAGGAUCGCAGCCGAAGUUGGCCAGAACAGCAUGUGGAUCUCCACCGAUGCUGCCGCCUCAGUGCUGGAGCCCCUGAAGGUGGUGUGGGCCAAGUGCAGCGGCUACCCCUCCUACCCGGCACUGAUCAUUGACCCCAAGAUGCCGCGCGUGCCUGGCCACCACAACGGUGUCACCAUCCCGGCCCCACCCCUAGACGUGCUGAAGAUUGGGGAGCACAUGCAGACCAAGUCCGACGAGAAGCUGUUCCUCGUUCUCUUUUUUGAUAAUAAGAGAAGUUGGCAGUGGCUUCCUAAGUCCAAAAUGGUUCCCCUUGGUAUUGACGAAACUAUAGACAAGUUAAAGAUGAUGGAAGGGAGGAACUCCAGCAUCCGGAAGGCCGUGCGGAUCGCUUUUGACCGCGCUAUGAACCACCUGAGCCGCGUCCACGGGGAGCCGACCAGCGACCUCAGUGACAUUGACUGACGGCCCGGCUGCCAGUGCGGGUCUUGUCCAUAGUGUUGAUAAGCUGUACAUGUUUGUAUAUUGUUCAAAACUUAACUUAUUCUGGUUUUUAGUUGUAGCUCUUUAAUUCUUUUUCCCCAGGGAGGGGGAGGUUUUAUUUCCACGUUUUCUAGGAACCCAUCUCCGUCUGGGCGCUGUGAGUGGGGUGGGCGUCCGGGCAGCGCAGUGCGUCUGUCACACGACCCCGGGCCGUGCUGCUGGCGUCACUUUCUUUGACAUGUAGCUUUUUCUUAAAGACUUUUGAAUGUUUAAUAAUUUUGUAAAUCAUCCUCUUUACACAGAGUACCACUUAUUUAAUAAGAUGGAUGUAAAUUUACAAUGACAAAUGUGUAUUUUAAGAAAGAAAAGGACAUUAUUUUGAAUGGUACUUUGUGGAAAGGGGAGAAUAAAGUUAUGCUGUGCACAUCACUUGCAGAUCACCAAAAACGCCCGCUGCCCGCGCCCGCCGUCCCGCCCGCCUCCACCCCACAGGUGUGCCUCCCAGCGGAUUAUUUAUUGUAGAAAGUGUAUUCAUUUGCUUUAUAAUGAAAAAUACAUUUGCAAAGGUAUAUUGAUAUGCAUUUUUAUACAGGCACAUAAAAAUUCAACUCGGCUUGGGAGCAGAAUGCAUUGCGUUGUAUAAAUGACUCUGGCCUGUGUGUACUUUGAUUUUAUAACUUGUAAUCUUUUGUUUACAAUGAGGGGCUUUCUGUAACUUGUUUUAAUUUAGAACACUUUGGUAGCAAUAGAAACUUUGGAUACAUUUUUGUAUGGUACAUGUGAUGUAUAUAGAAUUAGUACUUUAUUUUUAUUUUUAAGAGGUAAAGCAUUAUGUUGGGGAAAGUAGGGUGGGUUUCCAAAUUUGCAUUUUUUAUAUUAAAAAUAAAGUCAAGAUUUGGACGGUGUGGCCAUUUUAUUCCUACAGCCCUAGACGGCUGGGUGAGCCCCGAGGACAGGUGGGGUGCUGACUGCGAGGGGCGGGGACACGCCUUUAUCUUAAAAAUUGUCAUGGGAUGGCAGUAUUAUUUCACCUGAUCAUAUUUUAUUUUAAAAUUUUAAUUACAUAAAAGUUUUAAAUGCUUUUUAAGCCUACACCGUUUGUAACAUCUCCAUAGACACUUGGAAAUAAAAUCUUCCUUAGAUA